UAAAUCGUUCUAACAGUAUGUAACAAUGCGCCAAACCGAACGGAUCCACAUCAGCAGCAGCAGCUUCAAAAGCUGUGAGCGGAUACUCGUCGUAUUGUUAUUGUUGAUAGCGUCAAGUUUUACAACGGCCCAAUAUGCGUCAUCAACGUACAAUACGCAGUUUUACGGCAUUAAUCAACAACAACAACAACUGGUGCAACAACAGUUGCAACAACAAUUACAACAACAACAAUACACCUAUCAAUAUCCUGCAGAUGGUGUGCAAUCGGUGUGGUCCAGUGCGCCCAUCGUAGUGAAUGAUGAGGCCAACAGCCUGGAGCAGCAACGAAGUUAUUUGCCAAUUAAAUAUUACAACAAUGGGCAGACAACGGACAGAAGGCAGCAACAAAAUUGGAUCAAUAACAACUAUAUAGCGACAACAAUGCGAGCUGCCAAUCACAAUUACAACAAUGUGCCCGGCUACUUUUACUAUCCCCAAGUACAAUCACAGCCACAAUCACGACAGGAAUUGGAGCAACGAGAGCUGCUCACCGUGGCCGACACCCGGCGCGAGGAGGAGCGAACCGUUCGAAUUGGCGGCACUCGCUCACUGGUCCUCAACAACAAUAACAACAACAACAGGAACAACAACGAAUACUUUGAGCCAAGUCAGCCUUGGCGACGUCCCAACCUGGAGGCAAACUAUGCCAAACAUUAUGCAGACUAUUUACGCAAAUAUCCGGAACGUUUGCAGCCGCUUUUCAACACUGGGGCAUCCUUUGUCGACAAGUAAAUUAAAAUAAAACCGACUUAUUCACAUAUUUAAA